AAAGAUUCUAAUGUCAGAAGCUUAAAAUCAACUCAAAAAUACACGUUUUCGAAUAGAAGCCAAUACUAUUGUGUUGUAAGGAGAGCAAUACCCAGUUUUCUAUAUAGGUACAGGUACUAGCGAUCAUGGAGUACAAUCGCCAGCCGUGUCCCAUCAGGAUCGUGGAGGAUUGCGGAUGCGCCUUCAUGAUGGGCACCAUUGGGGGAUCGCUGUUCGAGUUCAUCAAGGGUUUCCGUAACGCUCCGUCCGGCCUACGACGCAGCCUGUACAGCGGUUUAGAUUCGGUCAAGAUGAGGACUCCGUCCAUCGCCGGCAGCUUCGCCAUUUGGGGUGCCACCUUCAGCACGGUGGACUGCGUCAUGGUCGGCUAUCGCCAGCAGGAGGAUGCCUGGAACUCGAUCGUCAGUGGAGCAGCCACGGGCGGCAUUUUGGCUGCCCGCAAUGGCCUUCGGGCCAUGGCCAACAGUGCUUUCGUGGGCUGCCUGGUUUUGGCCAUGAUUGAGGGAGCCGGAGCAGCAGUGGCCACCAUCAAUGCGGCCGACGGUGUGGUGGGGCUAACCAUCGAUGUCCAGCAGCCUCAACGCGCCCAGUGGGACGCUUCAGUGGCUCCGGAAGAUGCCUAUGCCUCGCAAGAAUUCGCCGUGGCGGAAUUCGAGCGCGUGCUGGACAAAUGUCGGGCAUACAGGGCCCGUAAUGAUAUCCUGCGAGACCUUCCCUCGUGUGCAGUUAAUGGUCAGGAAGAGGACCCAAGUGAAAAGCCAUCACACUCGCUGUUGGAUCUGGUCAAACUGGCCGGCAUUUUUUAAGAUUCCUCAAAGAGUUUUUUCUUUAUUGUGGUCGCCUGUCCAAAUUAUUUGCAUGUGUUUAUAUUGUCUGUUGAUUUGUUGGUCAUACAUAUAUAAAACAAGAAAAA